AUGAAUUUUCACUCUAAUUGGAGAUAUGAAAAAAUGCAACUAAUUAAAGAUGUUCUUGUAAAUAAAAAUGUUGUGCCUAUUUAUAUACAAAAUAGAUUAAUGAAAGAAUUGGAUUUCUAGAUCAAAGCUUUUGCAAAUAAAAAUAAAAAUUCAUUAUCACCUAAAAAAAGUUGUAAUCGUCGCAUUAAAACACUUGAUCAAAGUCCCUAAAGGAUUAAAUUUGAAAGAAGUGUGAGUAGAAGUUAUAAUAAGGAUUAGGAUUGUUUAAGAUGUCGAAAAUUCAAUUUUCAGAAUAAAAUAAUAAUUCAGUGUGAUACUGGUCAGCAUAUGUUUCAUGAAAAAUGUCUUCUGGAUCUAUUUAAAGAAUAACUUUAAGAUAUUCAACCACAUUUUUCAUGUUCCUGUGGGAUGAAAUUAUGUCCAGAAUUUGUAAAAGAACUAAACAUAAGGGGUAUAGAACAAUUAGUUAAUUAAUUGUAUGAAUAAUAACUAAAAUGUAUUACUUAUUAAGUACAGAUAUAGAAUUGUUUAAAUCCAUUAUGUAAUUUUUUUUGGAUUACCAAUUCUUAAAAAUCAAGAAAAUAUGGACGAUAACUUAAACCUCUCACAAAAAAGUAUUGUCCUUAUUGCUGA